AUGCCUCCAAAACGGAAGCGCAACGACAGGGCCUCCGAGGCAGGCAACCGAGCCGCGCCUCAUCGUCCCUCGGAUACUGGGUUGGCUCAGCACGAUAGAGAUUACCAAGAUGGGUCCCAGCAUCGUCGGGGCCCUGGUGGUGGGAGGAAUACUAGGCGGAAUCACGAUCGUCGCGACUCUUCAGGACCUCAAGCUGGGGCUGGAGCUAAUCAUCGAGCGCCCGCUUCACCGGCUGUUGCUCGACCCUCCAGUUCAUCCUCACAAGCUGCACUUCACUCCGCUCAGCCCGCCCCCCCUCUGACGCACAUACCCUCAGCCAUCGUGUACCAGCCUACCCAACAACCCCGGAUACCCACUUCGGCAAAUUAUAACUACGUUGUCCUGACCGAAGCCCGUUUAUCAACAUGGCAGCAAGGCGGGCGUCAAGAAGUCAUCGAUCAUGGAAUUACAUCAAGAAGCGACGAAGAUCUCGAAGAGAUUUCUACCAUCUCGCAAGAGUUCACACGCGCUGUACUGGAAAAAUGCCUGACGCCGACUGAUGCCGGCAGCUGCAUGAAGCAGAUUCUUGGGCCCCCAGCCGAAACCGACCUCGGUGUCAGCUUCACUCUUGAUGCUCAGACGCUCUUUCUAGAUACUAUUUCUAUUUUCAUUGACUCGAAUGACACAGCAUCUACCUUCAAUCUUCGAGACUUCAUCGCUGCGACUGAAUUGUCCCCACAGCUUGUGCGGGAAGUACUUGAUGCACCAGCUUUACAACAACUUGGCCUGAUACGGGAUAACUUCGUCAAGCUCGGGAUCAAGUAUGCGACCAACCAGCUCUAUCGUCAAGCGAACUACAACCUAUUAAGAGAAGAAACGGAAGGGUAUUCGAAACUUGCCGCAGAAUUAUACCGAACACCGUACCAGUCUCAGGGGCAUCACGACUUCGUCCUCGUUCAAGCAAGCUGGGAACGUAUCAAAGCUUUGAUAGGGACAUUUGACUUGGAUGUUGGCCGCGUCCUUGACGUAGUCAUCGAUGUUUUCUCUGCAACCAUGCUUAGAAAUCUCAUUUUUUUCACUAGACUCCUCCGCAUAAGCUCAUGGUGGCCGCGCAACCAAGUUGAACAUGCAGAAAGAUUGCUUGCUGGGGGGUUGCCAAUGUGGGCAUUGCCUCAGAACGAAGAUGUCAACACGGAAGUCCUGCGAGCCAAGCUAGAAGAUCAGACCCAUAAGAGAGAUAUGGCUUUUUGGGAAAGAGCCCGAGAAAUCCAUCUUGAUGCCUUCUUUGAGCUAGGGGGUAGGCGAAUCGAAGCUGACGAACUUCAACGCUUACAGGACAGUAUAUCGGAAUCAGAUCCAAGUUAUGGCCCGGCACUUGCGUGGAUGAAGGCCACCAGAACGCUCCCGCCUUGUGGGAACAGAGUUGCCGCUCAACUGCUUGGCUUCAAGUUCCGCUUUUAUACCUCUGAUGCGAGAGACAAGGGGGAAACAUUGCCAGCCAAUCUGUAUUAUCUCGCAGCGUUCCUCAUUAAAAUUGGGUUUAUAUCUUUGGCCGACUUAUAUACACACUUGUGGCCUGCAGAUGAAGAUAUGGAUGCUCUUCGGAGUCGUCGGGAGGACGAACUUGCCGAGAAAGAGAGGAGUGCUAGGGAAGGAAAUAUCCCGAACGCGCUACUAAUGGCUGGGGCGUUGACAGAUGACACGCUCCCGACCACUUCCAAGGUACGCGAGUCCAGCGCUAUGAAAAUUGACGACAAGGCCCAAGAAACGGCUGGUCAAGCUCAGGAGGACGAAACCAGCCUUCCGGAGCCCAAGGAGGCUCAAAAGGCAGAUCUUGUUUCGCAUCUCUUCGUCGUUGGCGCAAUCCCAGAAGCGCUUUUUAUCAUCGGCCGAUUUCCUUGGCUUCCUGAAGCAUACCCAGACGAAAUUUAUCCUGCGAUCAACCGCAUCUUACUCUGUUCGAUCAACAAAGUUUACGAAGCUUCUCGGCCCAACAACAUGAUCUCCACUGCUACGGUCAUGGUGAAACCAGACAUAGCCAUAGACCAAGGCAGUAUGCCAAAGGGUAACCUUCGAUUAGUAGAGGGUUCACCUAUCAAAGUUUUAAGAUGGCCACACGCAGACGGUACCAGUAAAGGGACGCUUUAUCGAUUCUAUCUCGACGAAUGGUCUGAUAACGUACCCAUCUGUCAAACAGUCGACGAUGUUUUCACGCUAUGCCACACCUUCCUCAACAUUUCCGGCGUAAACAUUGGCAGAGAUCCUACUCUUGUCAAGAAAAUCGCAAGCAUCGGUGUGAUGAGCUUAAGCCAUGACAAGUCCUCUCACAACGUUUCCCGCUGGCAAGAUUUGCUUCGUCGGACUUUGGUGCCGUCACUUUGUCUCACGAAUGCCAAUGUCGAUGCUGUAGCUGCGGUCUGGGACCUCCUCAAGUAUUACCCAACACAAGUGCGAUACAAUAUAUAUGCAGAAUGCUAUGAAGGGUCAAUAUCACGACUGGAAGCUAUGAAGCAAGCCUUUAAAACUGCCAGGUCGGAUACUCUUGCAACACUUAAAAGAUUAUCACUUGAAAAUAUUCCUAUGUCUGCAAAAAAGCUUGCCAAGAUUGCGCUAUCAUCCCCGGGUGUGGUAUGCAAGGUCGCGUUGGAUCAGAUAGAAGCUUAUACCAACCUGAUCACAGCUUUUGUUGAAUGCACGAAAUACUUUACGGAGUUGGGGUACGAUGUAUUGGUUUGGUCCCUACUCAGCUCAUUGGGGGGCAAACAAAGAAGCCGGACACAGGAGACUUCCAUCCUCCUUACAAGCAGGUGGCUACAAGCACUGUCUAAAUUCUCCGGCAAAGUGUUCCGACGAUAUGAGAACGUGGAUCCCACGCCGGUUAUCCAGUACGUGAAUGAACAGGUGGCUCACGGCAAUUCUACGGACUUGGUAAUCCUCCGAGAAUUAAUCACCUCUAUGGCUGGAAUCGUCCCAGACGUUGACUUUACCGAUAGCCAACUGUCUGCUCUCAGUGGUGGUGAACUUCUUCGACGUCAAACCCUUACCGGACUAGGCGAUAAGCGCUAUGAGUCUGAGAAAAGUGCUUCUCGGUUAAUGAAGGCAUUACUUCAGACAAACAUGGCUUCACAGCUGCUAAUCAACAUGGCGCAAUAUCGGCAAUCUGCUAUUUAUCAGCUACCCGAAGACGAAGCGCACAUCAAAUACCUGGCGACGGUGGUUGACGACUCUCAACAAGCUCUUGUGCAGUAUAUGGAGUUGUUGCGGCACAAUCUAUCCGCGGAGGAAUUCGAUGCACGUGUACCCAGUAUACCAUCUCUCAUGACAGAUCUCGGACUCGAGGCAAACCUCGCGUUUCUCAUUGGUCGAGCCAGCCUCACGUACUAUCUGACGGGUCCGGGCGAUAAAAUGCCUGUCAAACAAACGGUAGAUGUUGAGGGUGAUACUCCGAUGGAUGGUAAUGAUAGCUCUGCCGUGCCUAAUGUCGCCGACAAGUCCUCAGAAGCCAUGGCGAUAGAUGGCACAGAGGCGACUGAGGGCUCCUCCGAGCACCUGCCACCUCUGACUGUCUCGGGUCAAUCUUCAGACCGGUUCCUGGAUGUUCUCAACCCCAUCAUUGAAGCAGUGAAGCCUUUGCUUCCACAGAACACAUGGAAGAAGAUCAGUCCAGAGUUUUUCGUUCUGUUCUGGGCCCUACAAACUGGUGAUCUUGACGUCCCGAUAGAUAGCUAUAAGGCUGAGUUUUCAAAACUAGACAAAGAGCGUGAUGAACUUAAAAGGGAUCGGAGCGAUAUGAGUCGUAAUGGUGCGAACCGGAAAGAGGCAAAAAUGGCCGCCAUUGAACGUCUUUCUAAAGAGGUACCCGACGAAGCAAGCAUCUGCAAAGAACGCGUAACGAAAACGAAGCUCCUGCUCAUUAAGCAGAGUCCGAUAUGGUUCAACUCUUCUGCCAAAUCCGAUUCAAUAGCCGACACUCUCAUCGAGGAAUGUUUGCUCCCGCGGACACUGUUGUCACCUGGAGAUGCCGAUUUUUGCCACCGGAUCAUCAGAUUCUUACAUUUCAACCGUGUUUCACAUUUCAAAUUAUCAAGUCUCUACAACCGUCUUUUCAACGUGAAUAGGCUACGAUCAAUGAUAUUCGGUUGUACGGUCCGGGAAGCCGAAUUUCUAGGUCGUUUUAUCAAGCUUACACUCGGAGAGCUGUCUGUCUGGCACACGAAGAAGGAAGUAUAUGAGAAAGAAGCAAUUGGGCACGGCAGACUCGGUUUUGCGACGACUUUAGAUGAGAGUGGAAAGCCACUUACGUUCAUGGCACAUGACGAAUUCCGCGACCUGCUUUGGACAUGGCAUCGAAAUUUGUUUGCAGCUCUCAAAGCCUGCCUCGGUGACACCGAGUGGAUGCAUAUUCGAAAUGCGAUCACGGUGCUCAAAUAUGGACUGGAAUACUUCCCUUCAGUAGAUUUUAUGGGUCGACAGCUGAAUACGAGCCUUGCUAGAAUAGCUGAACGUGAAGCUGCUACUAAGUCUGACAAUGAUGAUGGUCAGGGCCAUCGGGUGGAUUUGGCGGUAACUGCAAAUACUGCAAUCUCUGCGCUCAAAAAACGCUCAACAAAGUGGGUGAUGGUUCAGGAAUUUCGACCCAAUACUAGCGGCGAUGCAGUCGACGAUAGGAAGGGUUUCGAAGCCAGCAAGUCGUCUCAACAAUCAGGUCUCAGGCCAAAUGCUCCAGAAUUCAAGUCUCAAGUUACAAGUGCGGCGACACGAACGAAGCCUAAUGCCGAUGAAGAAGAUGGCGAAGUGAAGGACGGAAAUAUCUUAUUAGUCUCUCAGUCAACUGGCGCCAUCCCAAAGGAUACAACUGCCACACGACCACCGCCACCACAGCGUCAAGGCCCGGUUCCUGGACCUCAAAAAGGAGAUCCGAAGCACAUCCCCAGUAGAUCCUCGACUCCAGGUGUAGCACCCGCUUCUGCUACAGCACCUAGUGGACGAGCAGAAUCUGGACGCCCAUUGAGCUUUGCCUCAAUGCCGGGUGGAAUGCAUGGGCUUCCAAGCCGACCAGAAGUACCAUUUCCAGCCCACUUUACUCACGACCAAUUCGGCACAAUAAAGACAACACACCUUCGGGACCACAGGGAAGUCAAGGAUCAUCGUGAGGCAAGGGAACACCGAGAUCCUAGAGAAACUAGAGAAACACGGGAUGUUGGCCCAAGGGACAAUCGGGAUCUACGUGAUUCGAGAUCUAAUAGGUUAUCUGACGAUUCUCGACCGCCUAGACCUCGGGAAUAUCAGACGCCUGAUCGUCGAUUACCGGAAUCGCAGGCUCGUGAAUCUCAUAGAUCAGAAAGAGACCGACCACCGCACCGCUCAGACUCAACGCGGCACAUGGAAUCUGGUCCUCAAGAUCGUGACCUUCAUCAGGCGAAAGACAGAGUACCCUCAGGUGCGAAUCUAUUACGAAGCAGCGACGCUGGCAGAGAUACACGAGACGUACCCGUUCCUGCAAUACCAAUGGCACCACCUUCCCAGCCCGAACUUCCAGGACCAACAGUCAACCCUGAACGCGCUCGGCUUAUUAAUGCUGAACGAUCUGACGAUCGUUCCCCAGCAAUGAAACCAGCCCGGGCUCCAUUACUAAACGACAGCCGGCACAAUCGAGAGGACAGUCGAGACCGUAACUCUUCGCGAGUUGUUUCGCCGAGACGGGGAGACCGUUCUGACACUUAUGGUGGUGAGCUGGCACGAGACGACCGUCGUGCGCACCGUAGUGAUCAUCAUACUCAGAGUCGUGACCAGCGAAACGAGCCGCAAGGGACACCAACAAGGGGCGGUCGAACUGGGGAUCACGAGGCUGAUCGGUCUCGAGAUACAUCUGCCCUUUCUGGUCAGACAUCUUCGACUCGGGGCGAGCCAGAACAUGGUAGACUGAACAUGCAGGAUCCCGAAUAUGGUCGUCUCAGCUCAAUUCCCUCAACCAAUGACGUGGGUAAUCCGCCGGACGGCCCUCGGGGACGCGGCCGUACUAUGGCUCGUGGCCCCGUGAACAUCCCACAAGCACGUCCUGAGCCUGUCCACCGGCCACCAUCGCCCGAAAGACAUCAUCCUCCUACUGGGCCUUCGUCGUCUAGACAACGUCGCAACCAGAAUGGAAUGCAACAAGUCCCUAUCUCAAGUUCACCAGGUGCCGGAUCCGCAGCAGCAUUACCAGGAAUGCACCCAGAUCGAUUAAGAGCUCUAAAUUCUAGUAUGGGUGGAAACCCAUCACCAUCACAAUCGGCAUAUGCGCCUCCAAUGCCAGCUCCGGCACCCGUUCACCCGGACCGCAUAGCUCAGAUAGCUCCACAAUCCUCAGCUCCUGGAGGUCCGCACCAGGGAAGUCGAUCCCUUCCUCCAUUACAAACAGACCGACUUCCACUUGCUAGUGCACCAGGUCACAGGCCACCUCCGCCCAAUCUGUCAAAGCCCGCCGGAGCUGAGAAUAAUCAAAUGUCGGCACCAACUGGGCCGGCAACAGCUGCCGAUCGCUCUCGUAACAGUCGCAGGCAGUUAUCAGGCAUUAAUAGUAUUCUGCAGGGGGGGCCGAACGUUCGCUCUAAGGGCUCAAGAACUAGUUUAGCAGGCUCAGAUGCCCAAGUUCUCACAGGUGCUUCGCCAGUAUCUACUCCUGUCUCAGAGCGAGCUGAUCCCUUCCCCCUGAAGGAGCGUCCGAGUCGAAGCGACCAUGAACGCGGCCGCAGGGAGCAUGAUGGGAGUGAGCGAUCUUCCCGCUCUCAACGAAGGAGCAGUCGAGAGCGGAGUUCCGAAAGAGACCAUAGAUCAAAGGACCAUCGAGAUUACAGAGAUCGCAAGUCUGGUGGUGGAUCUGGCCACGGAAGAGAAGGGGAGAAGGAGUCUAUACGUAGAUCUGGACGAGAACAGAACACAGGUCGGGAGGUGUUGCCGGUCCGUGGAGAUAUUAUAGGUAAUGGGCGCGAUGGGCCGCGGGAACUACGUCACCGAGGAGAUGGAGGGAAUGGUAGACAUGAUGACAUUGGGCGUGGUGGGGGCGGGCGCGGCGGUGUUCCUCGUGCAGAGGGCCAUCGAGAGCUGCGCAGUGGUAACGAAGACCACCGAAAUAGAAAACGCCGGAGCGAAGAGUUUGGGGGGCCGAUUGAAAAGCGACAGAGACGGUAG